AUGAAACUAUCAGGAUUACUAACUAUCACUACCCUCAGCAUAGUGUUCUUCGGAAACAUAAGCGCAGCAAGCAGCGAAAAGGGCUCUGUAACCAGCUCCAACCCAACCAAGGGAUCAGCCUCUAAGGCAUCCUCUGGAAAGGACAAGAGUGAUGACGACAGCGAGAGCUGUAGCGCAGAUGAGAGCUCUGACAAGGGCGCAGCAUCUAAGGUUGUUAAGAAGUCCAAGGCCACCAACUCAGCAAACAGCAGCAGUUCAAGCAUCUCCCUAGGAUUUGCAUUUGUAGCCAUACUUGCAGCUGUUUCUAUGCUAUAA